UUAUAAGGCAAAAGUCGAACUGCGCAGAACGGACUUGGGGUUUGCGCGUGCGCGUCGCGGACGUACGGCACUAAGUUUCUUCUUUUCCCCGUCUGCGGCCGCCGCUGUUAACUCAGUCCGAGUCAGUCCGAGUGUUGUAGUUUAGUGCGAGUGGUAUAAGCGUUCGAUACUGUUGUUGUUCGGUACUGAUGGUGGUUUAGAGACUCUAAUCAGUUAUCAGACUCUCUUCGAUUUCGGACAGUAUUGUGUGCUCGUGAACACCAUGUGCGACCAAACUGCGGCCUCCACGCAAAGCAUAGCCGACUACUUGGCUCAGUUACUCAAAGACAGAAAACAAUUAGCGGCCUUCCCUAAUGUGUUUAUACACGUCGAACGGCUUUUAGACGAAGAAAUAGCUAAAGUGCGAGCUAGUCUCUUUCAAAUAAACGGCGUGAAGAAGGAGCCGUUAAUAUUACCAGACCCAGAUGGGCCAGUGACGACCUUGACAGAAAAAGUAUAUGUGCCAGUAAAAGAACAUCCCGACUUCAACUUCGUGGGGAGGAUAUUGGGCCCCAGAGGCAUGACCGCCAAACAACUGGAGCAGGAGACUGGCUGCAAAAUCAUGGUCAGAGGAAAGGGCUCCAUGAGAGACAAGAAAAAGGAGGACCAAAACAGAGGAAAGCCCAACUGGGAACAUCUUUCAGAUGAGCUGCACGUACUUUUAACUGUGGAAGACACAGAAAACAGGGCACAAGUUAAAUUGGCACGUGCCGUCGAAGAAGUCAAGAAAUUACUCGUUCCCCAAGCUGAUGGCGAAGACGAACUUAAAAAGCGUCAGUUGAUGGAACUGGCCAUCAUCAACGGAACAUACAGGGACUCCAGCUCCAAAACAUCAUCAGGAACAGAUUUGAAUAUGAACUCUCCUGAACAACUACUUCAGUAUCAGCAGACAGCCUGCGACGAGGAAUGGAGAAGGAUAGCGGCGGCCACCGUGGAAACACAGCGACUCCUGUCGCCCGCCAUCCCCGGAUUGGCCACACCCCUCCGCAAUCCGGCCGCCCCGUUGGGUGCGCCGCUCAUUCUCUCACCCCGCAUGUCCGUCCCGACGACCGCCGCCUCCAUCCUGAACGGAUCCGCACCCCCCGGAUCGCUGCUGUCGCCCGGAGACCCGCACGGUCUGAUCUACACACCGUACGCGGACUACACGAAUUACGCAGCGCUGGCGGCGUCACCGCUCCUCACCGAAUACACCACCGCCGACCAUUCCGGUGCGGCAGCAGUCGCUAAACAACGAAGACACCUGGGACAGAUUAGAGAGCAUCCGUAUCAGAGGGCCGGUGCUCUAUCAUAAAAAUGCCCCCUUCAGGCUUGGAGUGCUAACAAGUCACAUCUGCGCCCCUCUAACGGACAGAGCACCGAAACCAACCCCCGAGGUAGCGGUACGUUAACAUUUUACAUCACUAACCAAUUCUCACCGGUCGACAAAUUUAUUAUUAUUAUUAUUACAAUUAUUAUUAUUAUGUAAUUAUUGCUACAUAUUCAUCGUCGUGUACUAAAACCAAAUGGGAAACGCACGUUACUUUUCUAGUAGUCUGUAUUGUAUGUACAUGUUUAUUUGGAUGUUGCGAUGACGAACGGCCCGCAAACGACUCCCUCCCCCGCACCAUGGGUAUGAUGCGGCGGAGACAUGGCGGAACCUUUUGCUGGCCGUUCGGACACUUUGCAAAUAGACAUGGAUGCACUCACACAAGUGUAUCGUAAUAGUAAUUUACUAAUGAUUAAUUCUCUAAAAGUACAAAAAAUUUAACGAGUGCCAAUCUAUUGUGAACUUGAUCGUAUAAUAAUAUACAUUAUGGUCUUUAUUAGCUGUAGAACAUGUUUUGCCUAACACACGCACACAUCGUUGAUGAUAUUGAUACUUUUCACCCUACAUACGUCCACUACUGUGUCCAUGUAUGUAUGUACGUCUUAUUUUAGACUCAGGAAUUUAUUUAAGUUUUUCUGUACUUGAUUCAUUGAGGUCUCUUUUCGAAUUAGUUUCCGUUCAGUUUUUUUUUUUUUUUUUUUCUUCUAUUUAAUUUUAUUUUAACUAUUCAAACAGGCAAAACAUUUUUAAAUUUCAUCAAAUCAUCCGUAAUGUAUUUAUUGAAUGUAACAAAUAAUAUGCAAUAAAUGUUAUGUAUUGCUUAAGGUAGGUAUAAGUUACUUAAUAUAGUUAUAUAUUUUAUUAUUUAUGCAGUUGAACAAAUUAUCAAACAAUAUUUAAUUACAUAGAAGAUAUAUUAUAUAGAGUUUUUGUUGUUUAUGCGAUUUAUAAAAUUAAUUAGUCAUUUUAUUAGAAAUUGUUUUACACACUACGCUCUUUGUAUAUGUUCGUAGCAGUGGUAGUAGUUAUCUUUAUAGAUCUACAUCUGGAUAUGAUAUUAUUCUCCUCGUUUAAUUACACAGUAGUAGUGAAUCUCAUUGCUCCACUCGUGUGGAAGACUAAAUGGUCAGGCACCUCACCAAGUUCCAGUGCCAAACAAACAAGUCCAUUUAUGUUUUAUUUCUUUAAGUUAAUUGAAUUCGAUAGACUGAACUGAUAAAAGAAUCUAGAGCUACUUUAAAAGAAAGAAAGAAAGAAAUACUACACCUAAUCAGAAUCUCUUUAUAUCCGUCCAGCUUGUCCACAAUUUUUCUAAAAUCAAUUUCCACGAUUCGGCAAUAAGAACAAUAACAAUAUGAUUAAUGUUAUGGUUUGUGUGCAAUAAUGUUAGAAACCAUUUUAUUUGAUUGUGAGCCACGUGCAAUAAAUAAUUGAAUUUAAUAAUACCCAUUAGUAUUUAUAGUUAUCCGAUAUCGGAAAGCGGAGAAAGUUCAAUACGCAUUUUAUGUUUCGUCAGUACUACCACUCAUUUGUUGUUGUCUAUCACAGAUCUGAAAACGCACAAAUCGAAUUGAAUUUUCCAACCAACUGUGAUAUGUGAACUCUCUCCGUUCCCAUUGAAGGAAGUAUUUAGUACUUUACGUUAUAAAUAAAGUCUCUUGUUGUACUUAGUAUCGAAAAUAAAUUUAUAAAUAGAAUUGUUGUAUUUUCAAAGUUGUUUUAAAUCCACUUUCUUAUGUAUGAGAAACAAACACUUAAGGGUUGCUGAUUGACAAGUGUGGGAUGAUUCUGAGAAUCUCCUUUCCCUAAUUCUAGACCUAAUUUGUGGUGUUUACUAACCAGUAAACUACUAACUAAUAAUCGGUAGCUUUAAUUUUAAAUGUAUAUUAAUUCUUAAGUGUAAAUUGUAUGUGUCAUAUAACAAUAUUAGCAUUAUUAUUAUUAUUAUCAUUAUUAAUUUAAUGUUGAUUGUACUUGAUUAUUUGAGUGAAGUCAUUUAAUUUGGGUUAAAAAUUGAGAUUAUGGUAUGUAUGUAUGUAACAAUAUGCACAAAUAAAUUUACUAAGAAAGUGUUA